AUGACGGACGUUAUGCGUGAUAUGAUCGCGCAACUGAUGGGCAGUCAGAAGGAAGAUGAAGAGGGACGCGAGCUGGUCCCUUACAACCAUCCCACAGUUUGUCGUGCUUUCCUAAUCGGAUGUUGUCCGUAUGAAUUGGUGCCCGACAGUAGAUUGCAAGGACUUGUUUCAUGCAGGAAAACUCAUGAACCGGCCCACAAGGCUGAUUUUUUGAAGGCACAAAACGAGAAAGACCACUUUUACGAUGUUGAUGCUUUCGACAUACUGGAGAACGCGAUACGGAUAGUAGACAAUGAAAUUUCUCGCAUUAAAGACAAGCUUGAUCGUGAAGCAAAGGAGCAGACGGAUUCGGCGGAGGCGGUCAAGGCGCAGCGCAUUGGUGAACUGAGCGAGCAAAUCGGUAGAGCUGUCGCAGAAAUGGAGGCGUUGGGCAACAUGGGAAAAGUGGAGGAGUCUAUGAAGUUGUCAAAGACGGUAGAAGAUCUCCGUGCUCGCAAAGCAGAGCUAGAGAGUCAAACAGAGUUUCGCCUCGCUGGACCAGGCUCGAAUGCAGCCAGGUUGCGAGUUUGCGAGGAUUGUGGUGCUCAGUUGAACAUCAUGGACCACGAGUCUCGCAUCGCAGACCAUUUCGGUGGCAAAAUGCAUCUCGGAAUGGUAGAGUGUCGUGAGAAAUAUGCGGAAAUGAAGAAAACUAUAGAAGAGCGUCGUAAAGAACGUAGAGAGAAAGGAUUUGAUAGUUCAAGAUUCACAGAUAGGAGGCGUUCGCCUCCACGUCGUGACCGUGAGGACAGAGACAGACGUGAUCGAGAUCGUGAGGAUAGGGAUUCGCGUUAUGGAAGUGGAAGUAGUCGCCGACGAAGUCGUGACCGUGAGGACAGAGACAGACGUGAUCGAGAUCGUGAGGAUAGGGAUUCGCGUUAUGGAAGUGGAAGUAGUCGCCGACGA